AAAUAUUUUAAUUGUUUGACAACCCUAGUUCAAAUUCAAUCAAAACUGAAGAUUUCAAAUUGAGUUUAUGAGAGAAUCAUUCACUCGCAUCAUUGAAGUGGGCACAACCCUUUAGUUGAGGAGGCUACCAGAGAAUAAUAAGUGAUGAGAUGGUGCAGACAUGCUCUCUUGUUUCACUGCAUUAAUGUAAAUUAAGGAUGGCAAGUUUGCCCCUCUUAAUUUACAUGCGUUGCCAUUGGCAACGCUAAAAUUAAAGGGGGGGAAAAGUGCACCUGUUUUCUUCUUCUUCUUCUGUGGACAAAAAAAAUGAAGUGACAAAUACUAUUAUCAACAAAGUAAGCUUAGACUGUCCAAAAACUUAAGCAGAUUAAGUAAGUAGAGUAAGGCCAUAUGUGUGUCUGCGAGAGAGAGAGAGAGAGAGAGAGAGAGAGAGAGAGAGAGAGUGAGAGAGAGAGAGAUCCAGUUUUCUUCAGAUUCAAUGUUUCCUCCUCCAUCCUUCUGUGUGUCCAAUUACCGUGGAGCACAGAGCAGAUGGAGAGACACACCGGUGUAACAUCACCUUCACACUGUUGCAGGCUGCAGGGAUCUUCUUCUUCUUCUUCUUCUUCUUCACUUUAAACUCUGGAUAACAGGUGUUUUUCUUCUUCUUCUUCAUUCAUCCCCCUGUUGCAGCAUGAGCUCUGAAUGCAGCAGCUACUCCAGCGCUGACGGUGUGUUAGUGGACGGAUUCUUGUGCCCCAGACCUGGAAAUGCUGCUGCUGCCGUCUACUGCUGCGGCUUCAAUGAUGUCAAGUACUGCUGCGAUGAUCCCAACAGUUUUUUCCCCUACGAGUACGGAUACAUGUGGUGGCUGAGUAUUGGUGCUCUGGUUGGUCUAUCCAUUGCAGCGGUGGUCCUUCUUGCCUUCCUCAUCACCGUAUGUGUCCUCUGCUAUCUCUUCAUCGCCACCAAACCCAGUCGUCUUGACAACGGCCUACCCCUCAGAGCGCCAGCAGGAGAUCCCAGCGAGGGUUCCAGUCAUGUGAGAGCGACCUGCGUCUCUGGUCCGCAGGGAUUCAGAAAACACUUCAUGAGCAGGAAGCUGGACUGUGAUAACCAGCCGCCAGACCCAGAGCUCCUGUUCCAGAAAUGUUUCACAGCUACCGUCUCCGGCAGGAAAGUGGAAAAUUCCUAGUAGGCUGCUGAGAGACUUCUGAGAAAAAAGAGGGGCCAGCAGUCCAGAGAUGAAUCUGGAGGCAGACUGCGCUGCCAGGGGACGCUGGGGAGGAUGACAUAAUGAGGUGUGCAUGGCGGCUGAAUGGAGUAAAUAUCAAGUCACACUAACGGGAAAACGUACUACUCUAAGUGCUUUACAUCUCACACUUAAGUUUGCACAAUGAAGGCUCAGAAAAGCUUUGAUUGAAUUUCUUCCCACGCUACUCUCCUCCUCAUGGCUGCAGUGUUAAGUGUUAAGUGUUUCAGCACCUUGCGGCGGAGAUCAAGAGCAUAAGGAUGGAAAUCAAUCAUCCAUCAUCUUCUCGGAAAAUACUUUUUAUAAGUGGCCUCAAGAAGGCAAAAGACGUGUUGAGUCAUUAAGGCGUACGGCAGUGCAACUGGGGACACAAGCUGAGUGUUACGAUCCAGUUUACACUCAGGAUUCUUAUUAUUAUGUGUAUAGGUAAGGAUUCCGAAAAUGUGGCUUACAGCAGGAAAAAGAGCCGGACACACCGAGACAACAGCAGAGUCUGAACAGCCACGCCGUAAAGUCAGGGUGCACCCUGGUGAAGAAGGGUUCUGUGGCUACAUUUUACUCAGGGACUGGAUGAUUUGUGGGGAACAUCUACAGUGUGAUGAGACAAGAAAAACGACAGCGUUGGUUAUUUGUUCAAAUGCUUCAAAUGUUUCCUGACAACAGACCUCGUGCAAGUUUUGACUCGAGUUUGGGAUCGACAUCUGUCUCCUACCAACAGUCAGAGCUGGAUUCUUUUAACCGUGGCCAAUUUCAGUCAAAGACACAUGAAAGAUGAUUUUUAUUUUUAUUUGACAGCUGCCAGUGAAGAGGCAGAGAGGAAACUGAGACAGGGGUAUGAUGUUUUAUAUCUAUGGAUAUGACAAAGGUCCUCAGCUGCAACUAAACCGGGGAUGUUGUGGACAGUUUUGUGGUAUGGGCCUUAACCAUUCGGCUAUCAGGCCGCCAUGAAUUAUAGCAAAUGGUUAUACACGUAGAAUCUCGCUUUAAACCUGCAGUAGGCAGAAUGUUUUUGACAUCAUUGGGAAAAAAAUCCAUAAUAACCUUCAGCAUAUUGUAA